CCACCGCGGCGUCACACGCGGGCGGCGGGCGCGGGGCCGCAUCCGCAUCGGCCGCUGCGGGGCCGCGAACAAAGAGGUGGAGCCGAGGCGCGAGAGUGAAGUCUGCAAUGGGUGUUACAUGAAUCGUUUUAAGGGGCUGCAUACAGCUAUGACAUCUGCGAAGCCUGUUUCUCAGUAAAGCAGAUCAAGAUGGAUGAGUCUGCCUUGCUGGAUCUUCUGGAGUGUCCUGUGUGUCUAGAACGCUUGGAUGCAUCGGCCAAGGUCCUGCCUUGCCAGCACACGUUUUGCAAACGAUGUUUGCUGGGGAUCCUAGGUUCCCGGAAUGAACUUAGAUGUCCUGAGUGCAGGACGCUGGUUGGCUCUGGGGUUGAGGAGCUUCCCAGUAAUAUCCUGCUGGUCAGACUUCUGGAUGGCAUCAAGCAGAGGCCUUGGAAACCUGGCCCGGGUGGGGGCAGUGGGACCAACUGCACAAAUGCAUUAAGGGCUCAGGGCAGCACGGCUAACUGUAAUGCCAAGGACCUGCAGAGCUCCCAAGGUGGACAGCAGCCUCGCGUGCAAGCCUGGAGCCCCCCGGUGAGGGGUAUACCUCAGUUACCAUGUGCCAAAGCAUUAUAUAACUAUGAAGGAAAGGAGCCUGGAGACCUUAAAUUCAGCAAAGGAGACAUCAUCAUUUUGCGACGACAAGUAGAUGAAAAUUGGUAUCAUGGAGAGGUGAAUGGAGUCCAUGGCUUUUUCCCCACCAACUUUGUGCAGAUUAUCAAGCCGUUACCUCAGCCCCCACCGCAGUGCAAAGCACUUUACGACUUUGAAGUGAAAGACAAGGAAGCAGAUAAAGAUUGCCUGCCAUUUGCCAAGGAUGAUGUUCUGACUGUGAUCCGCCGAGUAGACGAAAACUGGGCUGAGGGAAUGCUGGCAGACAAAAUUGGAAUCUUUCCCAUCUCAUAUGUGGAGUUUAACUCGGCUGCCAAGCAGCUGAUAGAAUGGGAUAAGCCCCCCACUGCAGGAGGGGACGCGGGAGAAUGUACCUCGGCAGCGGUCCAAGGCAGCGCGGCCCCCAAGCACUCCGACACCAAGAAGAACACCAAAAAGCGCCACUCCUUCACGUCCCUCACCAUGGCAAGCAAGUCCUCCCAGGCCUCCCAGCACCGCCACUCCAUGGAAAUCAGCCCCCCCGUCCUCAUCAGCUCCAGCAACCCCACCGCUGCCGCCCGCAUCAGUGAGCUGUCUGGCCUAUCCUGUAGUGCACCUUCUCAGGUUCAUAUAAGUACCACUGGGUUAAUUGUGACCCCACCCCCAAGCAGCCCAGUGACCACCGGUCCCGCGUUCACUUUCCCAUCAGAUGUUUCCUACCAGGCCGCCCUUGGAACUAUGAAUCCGCCUCUUCCUCCACCCCCUCUCCUGGCUGCCACUGUCCUGGCCUCUACACCACCGGGCUCUGCUGCUGCCGCCGCUGCUACUGGAGUGGGACCAAGGCCUGGGACGGGAUCCACUGACCAGAUUGCACAUUUACGGCCUCAGAGCCGCCCCAGCGUGUAUGUUGCUAUAUAUCCAUACACUCCCCGGAAGGAGGAUGAACUAGAGCUGAGAAAAGGGGAGAUGUUUUUGGUGUUUGAACGUUGCCAGGAUGGCUGGUUCAAAGGGACAUCGAUGCAUACCAGCAAGAUUGGAGUUUUCCCUGGCAAUUAUGUGGCACCAGUCACAAGCAGGACGGUGACAAAUGCUUCUCAAGCUAAAGUCCCUGUGUCUACUGCGGGACAGACGAGUCGAGUGGUGACCAUGGUCAGCCCUUCUAGUGCAGGAGCGCCUGCCCCAAAGCUCCAGGGAAAUGGUGUGGCUGGCAGUCCCAGUGUGGUUCCCACGGCCGUGGUGUCAGCAGCUCACAUCCAGACGAGUCCUCAAGCUAAAGUCCUGUUGCAGAUGACUGGGCAGAUGACCGUCAACCAAGCCCGCAAUGCUGUGAGGACAGUGGCAGCACAUAACCAAGAGCGGCCCACGGCAGCGGUGACACCCAUCCAGGUUCAGAACACCACCUGCCUGGGCCUUGCAACUGUGGGCCUGCCUCAUCAUUCGCUGGCCUCCCCACAGCCUCUGCCUGCUAUGGCAGGUGCUGCUGCUGCUGCUGCUGCGGGCAGUAUCAGUAGAGCCAGCGCCCCUCUGGCCUCCUCGAGCAUCACCGCUGCCUCCCUGGAAACGGAACCCAGUGGCCGGAUGGUGACCAUUCUCCCUGGAUUGCCCACAUCUCCCGACAACGUUUCCUCGGCUUGUGGGAACAGUUCCACAAGCAAGCCAGACAAGGACAGUAAAAAAGAAAAAAAGGGGUUGCUGAAGUUGCUUUCUGGAGCCUCUACCAAACGGAAGCCCCGAGUGUCCCCUCCAGCGUCACCCACCCUGGACAUGGACCUGGGGGGUGGCGAGUUGUCCUUGCAGGGAGCGGUGGGUCCUGAGCUACCCUUAGGCAGCAGCCAUGGUAGGACCAACUCCUGCUCCAUGGAUGGGGAAGGAACCGCCACUGGAGCCACAGGAGCAGCCUCAGUCCAGGAUGCCUUCCACCGGAAGACCAGUUCCCUGGACUCCGCAGUACCCAUCGCUCCACCUCCCCGGCAGGCCUGCUCCUCCCUGGGUCCUGUCCUGAAUGAGUCCCGGCCUGUCGUUUGUGAAAGGCACAGGGUAGUGGUUUCCUACCCUCCUCAGAGUGAAGCAGAACUUGAACUGAAAGAAGGAGACAUUGUGUUUGUUCAUAAAAAACGAGAAGAUGGCUGGUUCAAAGGCACAUUGCAACGUAAUGGGAAAACUGGCCUGUUCCCAGGAAGCUUCGUGGAAAACAUCUGAGGACACUGACACUGAGAAGGCUUAAAAUCACCCACACAACAAAAUAGCACAAAGCAGUUUCGUGGAAAGAGCACAUCUGUGGACUUCCAGGUUGUCAGAAGCUGAGGGAAGGGUUGGCGUGUGACUCCACAGCUCUCCCAGCACAGAUCCCCCAAUGACAAGAAUAAAGUAUCUGGAUGUCGUUCUCACUCUGGGGUCUGAUUGUAAGGUGUGCCUUGUACUGUCUGAUAUACUAUACGGAGAAAUCUUUUUUUUUUUUUUAAAGAUCUAUAACUAAAAUGGACAAUUGUUUACAAGGCUUAACUAAUUUAUUUGCUUUUUUAACUUGAAUUUUUCUUGUAAUAGAUAAAAAUUCUUUCGAUUAUGAUUUUAAGAAAUUAUUAAUUUAUGAAAUGAUAGCGAAGGAGAAGCUGGAUCAUCUCCUGUUGAGAGCAAGAGAUCCUUCUCAGACAUAGAAUGCAUCUUCCCUGCCCUUGUUCACUUCUCUCUACCAUGCUAUUUUGCUUCUCUGAAACAGAAAUGCCAGUUCUUAGCCAGGCACCAGUUAUGGCUCACACCUAUAAUUCUGACUGCUCAGGAGGCUGAGAUCUGAAGAUACAGGUUUGAAACCAGUCCAGGUAGACAAAUCUGUGAGACCCUUGUCUCUAAUUAAUUAGCAGAAAGCCUGAAGUAAAGAUGUGGCUGGAGUAAUAGAAAGCCAGCUGUGAAGGGAAGAAAAAACCGAGAGCACAAGAUCCUGAGUUCAAACCCCAGUACUGGUGCGCAUGCACACGCACGCACGCACACACACACACACACAGAAAGAAAUGCCAUUUCUCUUGAUUUGUGUUUGGGUUUUCUUUUGUAUUUGGGAAAACCAAACAUACAACUACCUGGAGAACAAGGGUCUGGGGGAAAGGGAACAGAAACUUGAGAGAAGAAAAGUUAGCAAUUCCCUGUCUUUUCUAGUCUGAUCAGGAAUCAGCCUGAAGACUAGUACUCAAUUAAGUUUGAGGGCUUUAAAUUUUUCCUUGAAUCAGUGAGGCGGUAAGGAAAAAUAAAAAGCACAACCGUAGACAAAAAUGUAUUCCGAAAUGUGUAGUUUUGUAGCAGGAGCAGCUCAAUUCUUUGGGUAGACAGUAGAAGAAAUUGAAGUUGUGUUCCUUGAGAAUGGCCAUGACACAUAAUUUCCAUUUUUCUCUGAGUGGUGUGCAUGUCCCAGGACACCAUCAAGUGUUUGUGAGGUGGCUGUGGUAAGUGAUGCCCUCAUGUUGAAGUCAAAGGCCGUGAGAAACACUGUGAAAGGUUUCCAUUUGUCCAUUGUGAUUCUUUCUCCUCCAUCUUGCAUGUGUUACUGGAGUCCCACAGUGACAGAGGCUGCAUGGUAUGUAUAUUUCAUGGCGAUUUCCAGUCCAGGUUAGACUGCACUCAGAAUUGACCAGAGCAAGAGCAGGAAGUGUAACAUAAACAACAUUCACUUCUCUCUCUCUCUCUCAAAGCCGCUAACUGAGUGUUGGGGAAACAACUUGAGUGCACUCAGUCCCUUUCUAGUGAAGGCAUCCAUCAACCGGCACAACAGUCCUUAGUGACAGUGCUCUUUUGUGUCCUCCCAGCAGACAGAAGGAAGGACAGGUUGAUCCAGGAGACUGUGGGCUCUUGGGCCUGGAGACUCCUCCUGGGGAGGGCCCAGCUGAGCUUGCCUUUAUAUCCAGUCUUUGAUGUGAUUGGCCACUCCCACCGAGUUCUGUAGGAUGCCACCCAGUCUUCAAUCUGGCCAAUCCAGAAAACAGAAAGGAGGGAAGACCAGCCUGGUAGUGAAUGAGAUUAAUACCACAGUUUUCUCAAAGAAAAAAAAAAAACAAAUACAAACCUCAUCCCUAUUUUUCUUUGUGUGUGUGUGUGGGGGGGGGGGUUGGUUUGUUUGUUUUGUUUUUGUUUUUACUUUGAAGAAUUCAAGCUGGGAAAUAGAAACAUGAAGUGAGCAGUCAUCUUGCAAGAUCGAGAGGUUUAAUUGUCUUAAAAAGAUAUGUCAUGUGGUCCAAAAUAAAAUCAAUCAUUCCUAAGUUACUUUUUUUUUUUUUUUAUAAAACACUGUAUAUUAUGUUCGUGUGUCUGUUAAAUUUUUUUAAACAAAUACUUUACUUGGAUAUUCAUGUAAUAUAUAAGGUUUGGUGAAAUGAUCUUUAGUUAGGAAACAAAGGAGCUGACACCAGCUUUUGUGGGUGUAAGUUGACACCAAUGUGUCGUAAUAUUCUUUAUUUUGGGAAAUCUGUGUAUUUUAUAAAAAUUUUAAAAAAGUCAAAAGACUACUACAGGUUAAGAUUUUUUUACCUGUCUUUUUCUCCAUAUUUUAAGCUAUGUGAUUAUGUACCUCUGUUAAUAGUUUCCUGGUAUAAAGUUGGUCCAAGUUUCAUCUGUUAAUAGAUCAUUAGGUAAUACAAUGUAUGGGUUUUCUAUUGGUUUUUUUGAAGACAGUAGAUGGAUUUUGUAACAAGGGCUUGUUACACCAUGAUAUGGUAAUGAUAAAAUUGUGAUUUAUCAUUCCUUUUCAUGUGAACAAUUUGAGGACUGGAUAAAAGGUUUUGAGAUUAAAAUUUGAUGUUCAACCUUU